AUGGUAUCCUCGAUGGAAAUCUCGAAUGGGAAAGAUGUACUCCGUGUAUGGAUAGCGGGGCGGGAGGAGUUGCAUUGGUUGGUUGGAGGAGUUGAAUUGGUUGGUGGAGUGGAGGGAAUCUACUCCGUACGGUAUUCCGGUACUGGAUGGUACCGUUAUGUACGUAUUGCCGGGAUAGGGGAAGGAAAGGGGAAUUUUUGA